CUAACCAAUAACCUCGUCCUACUUUGGAGAUCCAGCUGUCCAAAUAAACACGUAUCGAAUUCCACAGGAAAGUGAUCAAUUUCGUCAAAUGAAAAUUUGGUGCAGGACAGCAAAUGGACCGGAAACCCUCUCAAGCGUUAAUCGGUGAUCCUAAAUCUGUGUAAAUUCCGUCCAGUUGGUUACGUGAGCAUUUUAUUUAACCAUGGAUGGUAGAUGGUAGUCAUCAGCAGUCGGCGAAAUUUUGCUGAUGACACAAUACCACGGCGGAUUUGACGUCUACCGUGCCACAUAUUAAAUAUUACCUGGCCACUAUCUGAAACGUAUGCAGCGCGUCACUUUUAGUGAUAAUGAGCCGCCACUGCCGGUGAGCGCAGCACAGAUUCCACGCAGAUCUCAUUGACAGCUCAAGGCUCGACGACAUCAUGUUCUCUAUGUUCGGCCACCGUAGAAGGAGAAAAUGGGCAUCCAAGCUUCUAUUUGCCGGCUUAUUUUUCGGGAUUGUGAUCCUUUGGUUGUCCACGAGAUCCAGCUCGUCAGUCGAGCAAAAAGUGAUCAUCAGAGAAAAAUAUGUUCAGGCACCGGCACCGACACAGAGUGAUGUACCUUUAAGGUAUGAGCAAAGCGCUCUCACCGACCAGGAUUACGAGGCAAUGAUAGCUCAAGACGAGGCUCGAAUCAUCCCCGGUCUUGGUGAUGAGGGUGCUGCUUGUGAGCUGGAGGACCCUGAAGAGUUGGCCCUUGCCGAAAAACUGAUGGCAAAAGAGGCCUUCAACAUAGUCCUCAGCAACAAAAUUUCACUCACAAGGACAGUGCCAGAUGCCCGGCACCCAAUGUGUAAAAACCAAAGAUUUUCAAACAAUCUGCCGUCAGCGAGCGUCGUUAUUAUUUUCACAAAUGAAGCGUGGAGCACACUAAUGAGAACGGUUCACAGCGUUCUCAAUCACUCGCCUCCGCACCUAUUGAAGGAAAUUGUUCUGGUCGACGAUUUCAGUGAUAGAGAGGAAUUGCACGGCAAACUGGAAUAUUAUUUGAGAACUCGUCUUCCUGCCGAUAAAGUGAAACUUGUUCGAUUGCCAGAAAGGUCUGGGCUUAUAAGAGCCCGGUUGGCAGGAGCCAGAGCGGCAUCUGCUGACGUUCUCAUUUUCCUUGAUUCCCACUGUGAAGUUGUUGUGCAAUGGCUGGAACCCUUGUUGCAGCGCAUUAAAGAGUCAAGAACGUCCGUUCUCAUUCCAAUUAUAGAUGUAAUCAGUGAAAAGAAUUUUGAGUACUCUCACGUGCACUCCGAGAAUUUUGAAGUUGGAGGCUUCACAUGGAGUGGUCACUUCACAUGGAUCCACGUUCCUGAGGAGGAAAAAAUCCGAAGAGGAAGUGCCAUUGGAGCAACGAGGUCUCCUACAAUGGCUGGAGGAUUAUUUGCAAUAGACCGAAACUACUUCUGGGAAGUGGGCUCAUACGAUGAACAAAUGGACGUUUGGGGAGGAGAAAACCUUGAAAUGUCCUUCAGAGUUUGGAUGUGCGGCGGAUCUUUGGAGGUGAUGCCCUGCUCCCGCGUCGGCCACAUUUUCCGGCCUUUCCACCCAUACACAUUCCCAGGUGGUAAGGACACCCACGGCAUCAACACAGCCAGAGUUGUCGAGGUCUGGAUGGAUGACUACAAACGACUAUUCUACAUGCACAGGAGUGAUUUGCAGACUAUCGACAUCGGAGACAUAUCAGCGAGAAGGAAAUUCCGUGAAAAAAUGAAAUGCAAGAGUUUCAAGUGGUUCCUGGAUAACGUCUAUCCGUCUAAGUACAUACCUGAUGAAGAUGUCAUUGCUUAUGGAAGGGUUCGUAAUGAGGCAAGCACGCCCAACUUCUGCUUUGACAAUUUGAAUCACGAUUCGGAUUCAAAUUACAACCUUGGAAUUUACGGAUGUCACAAUAAUUUGGAAACAAAUCAGCUCUACUCCCUUUCCAAAAAGGGAGAAUUGCGUAGAGAAUUCAACUGUGUUCAAGCACCUGCCACCAAAUCACUGAGUGUGGAGAAAGCAAUGUUGGUGCCAUGCCACGACUUGCAGGGAAAUCAGGAAUGGGAGUGGAAUAAGAGAGGUCAACUGAAGCACAAAGCAAGUGGCAAAUGCAUUGACAUUGAAAACGUCCACUCUGAAGAGGAUGUCAAAGUAGCUCCCUGCAGUGAUAGCAAGUUCCAAGUAUUCCAGUUUGAACAUGUACUUAUACCACCAACAUCAUGACAAAAUGUUACUAGAGCACCUAACUAGACACGCUUUUGACCUUGUUUUUCGUUAUGCAUUUUGCAUUUUCCACUUUGUUUUUUUAAGAGUAUUUGUAUUUUAAUUAAAAGAUUUGAUGUGUUGUAGUUUUGUAAACAA